ACCAUAAUACAAAAAGAAGAAGAAAACAAACCGAAGAAGAAGAAGUAGUAGUAGUGGAAACAAGACUAACGGCCUGACGCAGUUUGAGGCAGUGAGGCUGCAUCGUGAAGUAAUGGUUAACUGUCACGGACUUUAGAUGCCGCCGUCCAAAACCUCCACGCCGGUGAACAAGGUCUGUGUUUUGAGUGCGACCACCCGGUAGUGAAGUGUGACCGCUCCGUGCUUUUAGCUGAACCGUUAUUCUGUCUGUUAAGAGACAGCAACGGCCGCCGAGCCGUUUGUUAACGUUAAAGUAGCGUUAACGGUUAUUUUGAGUCAUGGCGAUCGACUUUGUAAAGACUUUUGUGCAUAUGUGCAAUUAUCUCCAAGACCCCUGUCAUGUAGCGAGGUUUCAACAAUUCUGCGGCGUUAAGGGGACAUUUCCGGUUAAACCGACAAAUCCUGACAGUGGACAGCCGCAGUCGGACUGUCCCGGGCUGAGAAAGAGGGUCCAACAGGAGGUUAGUGUUGAGAAUGGAGCAACCGGUGAUUCGACCGCACAGCUUAACGGGAUGCAGGGUGACAGCACCGCCGGGCUUGAUGGGACACCGGCAGCAGAGACCAUCAGGGCGAAACCCCUCCGGAAAAACUCCCUGACCGGAGACGUGGGUCAAGAGUUCCUGAUCCACAACAAGUUUCUGUUCUACCUGUUCACGUUUGGGACCGAGCUGGGCAACGAGAUGUUCUUCAUCAUCUUCUUCCCCUUCCUCUUCUGGAACAUCGACGCCCUGGUCAGCCGGAGACUCAUCGUGGUCUGGGCCUGGAACCUCUUCGUGGGGCAGUCCACCAAGGAUUUGGUCCGCUGGUCCCGGCCGGCCUCCCCACCUGUGGUGAAGGUGGAGGUCUUCUACAACUCCGAGUACAGCAUGCCGUCCACACACGCCAUGACAGGGACGGCCAUACCCUUCUGUGUCUUCAUGCUGACCUAUGGGCGGUGGCAGUACCCCUUCCUAUUUGGCUUUUUUCUGGCUCUCAGCUGGAGUGUGCUGGUCUGUGUAAGCAGAGUCUACAUGGGGAUGCAUUCUAUCCUGGAGGUAAUCACAGGCUUCCUGUACAGCCUUCUUAUUCUAGCCUUCUUCUGGCCAAUUUUGGACAAGAUCGACAACUUCUACAUGAUGGACGACUACGCUCCGCUUGUGGUUAUCGUGUCACAUGUGAGCCUAGGUCUUGUGGCUUUUUCUCUGGAUUCCUGGAGCACUUCUCGGGGCGAUACGGCUCAGGCUCUGGGCACCGGGGUAGGAGCUGCUUUGGCUACCCAUGUGAACUAUCAGCUGGGGCUGCUGCCGGAUCCACCUCUGUCCUCACUCCCUCUAACUUUACCACCAAUCACCACCAGCUUGGUGGUUCUCUCCCUGCUGCGCUUCGUCAUCGGAGUCGCCGUCCUCCUCGUCACGAGAAUGGUUAUGAAAGCAGUGACUAUUCCGUUCUUGUGCCGAGUGUUUGGGCUGCCUUCAGAUGAUGUAAGACAGGCGAGGCAGCACAUGAGAGUAGAGUUGCCUUAUCGUUACAUUGUCUACAGUGUUGUUGGUUUUAGUUGUGUCUGUGUGGUGCCUCUCCUCUUUAGGAUCUUAAACGUUGCCUGACUGUUGUGUGCAAACCGUCUUACUCUGACAUGCUCAUCGACACAGUGAAGGCAAACGGCACAGGGAAACAUGCUUGUUUUGACACAAGAUAAAGUCUCUGCACGACAGAACUGAUAAUAAAGGAUAAAUAUGG